ACAGAAAUAAUGAAAGAAGUCCUGCAAUUCCUCAGUUCAGAAAUGCAAUACCACUAUCGGACGUGCAAUAUAUAAAUUACAAUCACACGAAAUUUUAGAAAGCCUACACCAAUUGGCAGAAAAUCUAGAUCAUGAAAUAAAACACUAUUUCGCCACCGAUUUUCAAGCCUCUCGACAAAUAAUGCAAAUAAUACAGCUUUCACUAACGUCUCGCUGCGUGAGACAUAUUUUGGAAGGCUGUGGUUUGUGACGUCGUGAGGCCACUGUUGAACAAAAGCGGGACAAAUGAAAAGCGCACUGAUGGCGGAUUUUAAGUAUCCCGUUCGGUCCAUCUCCUUUCUUGAAUUAUGUGGCACUGAUCGUGCUUUGUUGUAAAUAUAUCUUAUUCAUUAAAUACUAUUCAAAAUAGUGGUUUGCUUUUGCCAAUUCUAGCAUAAACAAAACCCCAUUUGUUUGAUUUUCUGAUUGAGGUUAGAAAUCUGUCAGUGAUGCUAUUAAAAACUAUGAGGUUGUUAUUUGUCUCUGAAUUGAAGAUUCUUGGCAGACGUGAUUGUCAUCGUAAAUUUAAUGAAAAGGUACGCGUGAGGUUUGCACCAAGUCCUACAGGAUAUUUACAUCUAGGAGGUUUGCGGACGGCUCUUUACAACUAUUUAUUUGCAAAGGCAAAUAAUGGCACUUUUAUUCUGAGAAUAGAAGAUACUGAUCAAAGUAGAUUAGUAGAUGGUGCUGCAGAAAAGCUUGAAAAUGAGCUGGGAUGGGCUGGGAUGGAACCAGAUGAAAGUCCAAAGAAAGGAGGAUUGUUUGGGCCAUAUAAACAAUCAGAACGACUUAUCUUUUAUAGGAAACAUGCAGACCUUCUAGUUGAGACAGGUCAUGGUUAUCGAUGCUUCUGCACUCCUCGACGCCUUGACUUACUUAGGCGUGAGGCAGCUCGAACACAUCAAAUUCCACGAUACGAUAACCGAUGUCGGACAUUGACGUCAGAUGAAAUUCAGAAGAAACUCGAAGAAAACACUCCAUAUUGCAUACGAUUUAAGCUUACAAAAGAGGGAAAUUGGAAUGAUCUUGUGUUGGGCGAUAUGAACCCAGAUAUCUCCUCUGAAGGGGAUCCUAUACUUUUGAAGACAGAUGGCUUUCCUACAUAUCACUUAGCUUGUGUAGUUGAUGACCAUCUUAUGGAAGUGACUCAUGUGUUACGUGGAGUGGAGUGGCAAAUUUCAACACCUAAACACUUACAGAUUUAUAAGGCUUUCAACUGGAAUCCUCCUGCAUUUGGACAUUUGCCUCUCUUACUAAAUUCAGAUGGAACUAAACUGUCCAAACGUCAGGGUGGUGUUACUGUGGAAGAGCAACGUUCUUCUGGGAUUUACCCCCGAGCACUUAUAACUUGGCUGACACUUGCUGGGGGAGGUUUCAGUCAUUUUCCUGAGGGAAAGGGUAUUAUUCAUUCAGAAAUGCAGACUAUGACUCCUGCAGAGCUUGUGCCUCUCUUUAAUCUGUCACAGGUUAAUCGAGCGUCAUGUCGACUUCCUUUAGAGCAUCUGCCUCGCCUUAAUCAAACUGAGAUUGGACGACAGUUGAAAAAUUCUGUUGAGUCAAGUCAGCUGGCUUCUGAACUUAUAGGUUUACUUCAAAAUUAUUAUUCAGAAAGGCCAGAGCAGAAUUCUCUACAUCUGGAGAAGGAACAUGUUCUUGAAGUUCUGGAGUGGGCAUUGCCACGCAUACAUUCUCUUCAUGAUUUUCUUUCACCCAAACUAAAUUUUCUUUGGGAAGAACCAAAUAAACGUAUUGAAGGAACAAAUGAUGAAAGAAAAGCAAUACAGGAGGUUCAAGUACUUCUCUCAUCUCUACCAAAAUCUUCUUUUGAGAAAAAACAUUUGUCUUCUGAACUGAAAAUAAUAGCCAAGCAAGCAGGUGUUCCAUUCAGUCGUCUCAUGAAGAUGGUUCGCAUUGCCCUUUCUGGAAAGGAGGCAAUAUUAUCAGUUUUCUGGAAUAUUUUAGAAGGUCCAGGAGUGGCAGAGAUGCUGGAGAUGUUAGGUCCAAAAGUAUCGUUAUCUCGACUGAAUUCUGCACUUACUGCUCCUUAAUGGUGAUGGUGCUAAAAGCAUUAUGCUGUAUGUCUGCCAAAAAUGUUUCCUUAGAAUUAAAAUGCACCACUAUAAUUUUCAUCAGAUGAAUUUAUUGUACAUUGUUCAUGAAUCAGUCAUUUAUUUUGUACUUUGUUAUUGUUCAUGUUUAUAAAUAAGAAAAAUAAGUAGUAAUGAUUUCAUAAUUAUGAAAGAUAAACAGAGUCAUUGGUUUGAUUUUAAAUUUUGUACAUAGAAAUAAACUUUUUUAUUUUAUUUUAUUUUACAUUAUUUUUACAGUAACAUGUUUUGCUUCACCUGGAAAUUACUGAAGCAUUGAAGGUUUGAAUGUUGAGUUCCUUUUGUUUACUUUUUUAUACUUUAUGUACAUACAGUAUACAUACAUAUGUACAUAAUCAUAUAAAGUAGGUUAUAUGUUGCUGCAGAGAAAAACAGCAAUUUUUUGAGAGAAGAACUUGUAUUGUGGGACCUUUAUACCGAAAAUGUGGAUAAAUCAUUUGAAAAAACAGUAAAUUACUUCCUCUUAUACAUAUCAGAAUCCACGAUUUGGUGAUCUUUGAUAUAAAAAAAUUGAUCUUUUGUGAAAAGUGCAUCUGUCAUGUGUCAACAGUAUUAGUACCUGAACUAUUCAUAGGGAUUUUGUUGAAAUGAAUAUUCCUUGGUGUUCCUGCCGUGGCUUGAGACCCUGCAGUUC